AUGGCCAUCGACGGGCUCAUCAUCCUCGACAACGCAGGGCGACCUAUUGUACAGUCUGGCUUUCACCGAUUUCCACCGGCAUACCCCAUUCUCCACAUCGACGCUCUCAAUUCCGCUCUCGCCGCUGCUUCACGACCAUCAGACGUCGACACCGUGCUCUACGUCCCUGCACUUGAUAUUGAUAAUCCCAGCGCGUGCUGUCAUAUUCAAAGAGGAGAGCUGAGAUAUCUAUGUCCCGUGAGCGGCGAUGUUGACCCACUGUAUGCGCUGUCUUUCUUGCAAACCUUUGUCGACAUUCUGCAGGAGUACUUCGGACAUCUGUCCGCGGAGACUUUGAAAGACAACUUUGACACCGUAUAUCAGCUCCUGGAAGAAACCCUCGAUGCCGGCGGGCAUCCUUUGACAACAUCUCCCAAUGCGCUGCGUGAUAUUGUCCUACCGCCUUCUCUUCUCCACAAAGUGCUUUCGGUAGCCGGCGUUUCUGGCCUCGCAAGUACCUCGUCCAACUCGCAUCCCUUCGCUUCUCCAAUACCUUGGCGAAAAGCGGGCGUGCGAUACAACAACAACGAGAUCUACUUUGAUGUUGUGGAAGUGCUGGAGGCGAUUGUGAACAAGAACGACACCCCAGUAACAAGUGCAGUAUGGGGGCAGGUCAACACCAACUGCAAGUUAUCAGGAACACCAGAUCUUCUCCUGACGUUCUCAAACGCUGCUUCCUUGGUUGAUUGCUCAUUUCACCCAUGUGUACGUCUCGCACGCUGGACUCGCGACAAAGUGCUUUCGUUCGUACCUCCCGACGGCCGCUUCAAGCUCAUGGACUACCGCUACUCCCCAGCUACCGCCUCCGCCAUCGCCCAGUCCGCCAUCCCGAUCGCGCUCCGCCCGUCCGUGUCGCUCGACGGCCCGAACGGCGGCACCCUCGACCUCGCGCUCAACUCGCGCCUGACGACGCGCACGAUGGAGAACGUCUGCGUAGAGCUUUACCUCGGCGAGGGCGCAACGGGCGCGAGCUGCGUGCUGACGCAUAACGCGGCGUGGACGUUCAACCCGCGCACGAAGACGCUAGUGUGGGAGGUGAAGCAGGUGAUGCCCUCGGCGACGUACACCCUCCGCGGGACGUUCACUUCGACGGCCGAGCAUCCACGGCCUGCACGCGCGUUCCGCAUCACGUUCGACCUCCCAGCGUACAACUUCUCGGCCAUCAAGAUUGAGCAGCUCAAGCUGACUGGAGAGUCGUACAAGCCUUACAAGGGUAUGCGGGGGGCCUCGCGAGGCAACAUCGAGUGGAGGUGGUGA